AUGCAGGCUACGAGAGCUGAUCAAGACGGAGGUGUACAGGGAUUGGCACGACUGUUCCCGACGCUCGCGAAACGGUUCAAGACAAUUGACCCAAAAUCAGUGGAGAAGAUCCUCACGUACAACGGCCACUUCCAUCGGAUUUUUGUCUCCCCUUCCGCGUCUAGGGUAGCUUUGCAGCACUGCAGACCCGUCAUCGCGCUGGAUGGCACCUUUCUUCUAAAUCUCUUUACCAAGACGUUCCCCGAAUGGAUGGAGCGGGAGAACGCAGCGAUCAUCAGCGACCGGGACAAGGGUUUGGUCCCUGCAGCUAAGGAGUUUCUCCCCGACACCAUCCCUCACUACUUUUGCGGGUGGCACCUGGAGCAGAACAUCCGGAGGUGGGGAACCGACGUGAAAAACUUCUUCUGGCGCAUGCUGAAGGCCCGCCUGUUGCCAAAGUGGAAGGCUCUCUUGAGGGAGGCGCGCGUGGACUUCUCUGAAAUGGCAGACUACCUGUUCGGGAAGGAGGAGAGGCCACGUGCACCGCCCGUGGGGGUAGGGUCUUCCGCGCCGCCCCCCGCCAACCCAGAAGAGACAACCCAGGAGGCGCGUGCCCGGAUUCGCCUGCGGGCCCGUAUGAGCCGUCGUGCACGGGCCCAGCGUCUACGUCAGCGCAAGGCAGCACACCGGCGGGCUGCGAGGAGGACGACGACAGAUGGGACGGCAGGGGUUGCCGAGAAGGAGGAGGUGGAUGGUGGGAGUGACGCUGCAGCGGCUGGGGCGGCGGGUGAUGUGCAUGCAGAGGAUGGGGCGGAUGCGGAUGACGCAGCAGAGAAUGGGGCGGCUGGUCUUAACGACACACAGGAUGGGCCUGCUUGGAAUGACCAGGCAUGGGACGGGGCGGCUGGAGAUGACGGUGCAGAGGAUGGGGAGGCUGGUAAUGGCCCCGCUGGAGCGGCAACCGAGGCGGCACCCGACACCAGGGCUCCAUGUCCAGCUCGGGGCCCCCUCAUCGUCGUCCCGACCCCCCCUAACCUGGAGGCACGCCGCCCGCCGUUCGACAUCGACGACAUUAUACUGUCAGCCCGCUACAACUAUUUCCCAGGUCAUGGGCGACGGCACGCUGCGGAUGGAGUUGGAACAACCCAAGCUUUGCUCCCUCCACCAUCGGAUCCAGCAGGGCCUUCUGCUGCGGCAGGAACGGGGGCGGACGACAGCGAGACACCCGGAGGCGACGCAGCUGGGACGGGUGCCCCUGGCGCAGAUAUGCCUGCUGCCGAACCAGAUCUCACACAUCCAUGGCCUGAUCUCGGCGGGGGUUUCCAGGCUGGGACCGACGAGGACGUCAUUGGGGAGGGUUUGGACUUUUUCACAACCGACGAGAACGGGUUCUCCAAUCCGUCCACAUCUCGUCCACAGAGGCCGGCAGAGGAUGACGGCCCUGCACGAGCGCGAACAGGCUUCUACCAGAACAAGGCGGGCUCGAAGUACCGCAAUGGGAUCCACCCAAAGCAUUGGGCACGGGACUGGUACCGUAAGAAGACGUACGAGCGUGGAGCUCGUGCGAGAGCGAGGACAGAGUACCUGACCGAUAAGGCUAUGAAGCGGCUCAUGGACAAACGGGAACGUAGCAAGCAUUACAAGGUCACCAUCGGCGGCCCAGGCUACAGCACUGUGCGGACGUUGGGCAGCCGCGACUUUGCCGAGUGGAGGUCUUUCAACGUGGACCUCCGCCCUGGCAAAAAGCACUGUGAGUGUGGCAACUGGAAGGAGUACGCCUUCCCGUGCUCGCAUGUCGUGGCGUUUUGCCGCGAGAUGCAGACGACCGACAUGGACCAUGUCUCUGACUUCUACACCACCGCCACGCUGCGUCAGACGUACUCCGGGGUUGUCCAUGGCUCGUGCGUGGAUCGGUUGGUCGCAGAGACGACGCUGCCACUGCGGGGUGUAUGCGAGCCACCCCAGUUCAAGCGCUGUGACCGGGGCCGCCCCAGGACCGUCAGGCGCAUGGAGGGACAGGCGCCGAAGAAGACGUACCGGUGCAGCAACUGCAGGGCGGACGACCACAACAAGUCGCGCUGCUUGGGGCUGUACGGAGCAGAGACAAGGAGGCGUCAUCCACAGACCUAA